UAAGUAUCUUCUUGUUUUGUGACGAAGCUGUUCGUGUACCUCGUGUUUAACUAAUUUGUAGGUACAAAGAUCUAGGUAACAAAGGAACAAUAAUUGUAAAAGUUAAAAAUGAAUGGAAUUAUAAGAAAUACUUUACGAUCGUCGAUAAUUAGAAAUUCGUUUUCAUCAAUUUCGAACUCGAAAAUUGCAAGUAAUCAAUCUAGAGCGCUGUGGAAUAUUCCUCGUCAAUCCGAAAUCACAUGUAUUUCUUCAGUAAAACUGUUUAAGCUUCAAAAUAUUUUUUGUAAUUGUAGUUGUUGCAGAAAUUCUCACACAAAAGCUGAGAAGGAGCUUGUAGAAUUUUUAGCAGAAGAAAUUAUAGCAGAAAAAGAAGCUCAAAAGCUGAGAACUAUCCCUACUGAAUUAGAAGGAUUUAAAGUAUCACUUGAUGGUGCAGAAGUUAAUCUAGAAAAAAGACAAAAUAAUGAAAAAAUUAAAAUUUCAUUCAACAUAAAUCAUACAAUUGAAUCUGGAGAUGAAUCUCAAAUUGAUAUGGACAAUCCCAAUCAAAAUACUGGAGAUAUGAAAAGUAAACCAUCUUUCUCAGUAGACAUAAUAAGAGGAAAUCAAACUCUUGGAUUCACUUGUUCUUUUAAUACUGAACCUGGAGCAUCGGGUGCAAAUGAUAGCUACAAUGACAUCUUUGGUAUAGAUGAAAUCACAUUAUAUAGUGGAGAACAUAAUGAUAAAGUAUAUGCUGUUGCUGGUGAAGUUAUUGAUGGAUAUUUAUAUGAUUUGCUGAUGAAUUAUCUUGAAGAAAAGGGUAUUUCAAACGAAUUUGCAGAAAAAUUAAUAGAGUUUAGUACAAAUUAUGAACAUACAGCAUAUGUUAGCUUACUAGAAGGUCUUUCAAAAUUCACAUCUGGAAACUAA